AUGUCUUCCUCUUCUAAUGUCGCGCUCGAUGCUACCAUAAAAACUAACCAAACAACACCUUAUGCUAAUUCCAUUAAAGAAUAUUUUAGCAAUAAGGGGUAUGUGUUUUAUAUUGGAUUAGGACUUACCACUGUGGUUUUAACUGGAGUUGGUCUAUAUUUCCUUCAAGCACCUAAACCACCUAAACCAAAAAGCACACGUUCUACCUCUCGCAGAAAAGUACAAAAAACCAACAAGUCAAGUGGAAAAAACGAAUCAACAGAAACUACAAGAAACAGAGAAGAGGAUGCGGAGGCCGAAGAAUAUGAAAGAUAUACCAUUGAUCAAAUAAAUGCCUUACCAAAAGAGUUUAUCAGCUUGUUCACAACAGUUGUAGAUACUGGAAUGAAGUAUCCAAAGUUGCACAAUUGGUGUUAUCAUAUCAUUGAUAUAGUGAAAGAAUAUGGUGCUAUCAAUAGUUUUACCGCUGAGACCUAUGAGUCAUUACAUAGAUUUUGUGUCAAGAUCCCAUAUAGAAUUAGUAAUCACUGA